AUGCUUCAUCGCGGCGCCUCGCUCCAGCCAGCUGGCUCCCCUCCGUACAGGCGCUGGCUGCAGCUUCUGUUCGAAGCGAGCCGCCAGCUCCUCCGCGACUUGCCUCCCGUGCGCGAGCCCCCGCCCGUGCUGGUGCAGGCCACCACCCCGAGCUCCCCGCUCCCCGUUUGCGCUUGCCCCGGUCGGCUCCGGCCUCCCGCCGGCUCCUACGCCGCGCCCCCGCGCGGCCCUGGGCUCAUACCGGCGUCCUCCGCCGGGUGCCUGCGUGCUCGGCCUCGCCCGGCCACCCCGCGCCCCGGCGGCGCAUUCGGCCGGAGCGCCUCCGCCAGCCACCGCCUCCAGCCACCUGCGCGCCCGCGCCACGAGCUCAGCCUCCCGUCGCAGGCGCCGCUUGGCCCCCCGUCCAGCUUCGCGCGCGCCGGCCUCCCGCCCUCCACGCAACCCGGCCCGGCCGGCUCCGCGCCUCCCGGGUUCGGCUCCCCCCGCGCCGACUCGCCGCCUUGCCCGCCCGCCGGCUCCCGUGGGCCGGCGUCGCCUUGCCUCGGCCGCCUGGCCCCGCUAGCCGGCGUCCGCCUCAUCGCUCCUCCACGCAGCCGAGUGCCCCACGCCCGCGCCGGCUCCCCUCGCUCAUCGCCUGCUGGCUCCCGCCACUCGGCCGGCCCUCCGCCUGCCGGCUCCAGCGCGCCCGGCCGCCUGCCGGCUCCAGCGCACCCGGCCGCAUGCCGGCUUCGCGCGUCCCUGCCGGCUCCCCCCAACUCGUACGACCGGCUCCGCCGCUAG